CGGACAGAUGACAGAUGUUAGAACCUGUGGUAAGAAUAGCAUAAAGCUCGCCCAAAGGAUAAGAUAGCCAACACUACGAUCCCCCUACAGUACAAAUCCUUGCCUGCUAGAAACAAUCUGCAGUUGGCAUUUCAACACAGGCUUAACAGUAUAAACACAGGAUUUCUGGUUGUCUACCAUACCCAAACCAGGCCGGGACUUGGAUAAACACAGGCACCAGGGCCUUCCUAACCUUCAAAGGAUAAACGUUUUAAUUGGGCCUGCACUCUGGUCAUGUAUGAUAUAGGUUGGGAUGACGGGAGAUUUGAGGUAGGGCUGAAUGAUGAUCUGCCCGCUGUUCCGUUCCAGUACCUGUAUUGUACUAUUGUAGUGUAACUACCUGCUUUGAUAGAACCACGAUUUCAACAUUCCAGACAGUGAAUAAAAUACAAACAUUUACAGAGCCCGGAGUUUUAAAUUGACCAUUCCCAGGGUACCUAUUCUACUGAAUCUGACAAAAAGGAUUUAAUGAAAAGGAUUUCAUUCCAGUGAAAUUUUUGACAAAUCCUGCAUUUAAAUUCCUGGAUUUUACUGUUUAAGAACAUUACUCUACAGCAAUGGAAGCAAGACUUAGUAUUCCUUUAAAGUACAGGAUGGGUUGCUGUCGAUGACAAUGAAUCAGCGAACCAAUUGCUGAGGAGAUGUCCUCAGAAGAAAUCUAACGCUAAAAAGCUGGACACAGAUAGUGGCAUUACCAACACAACCAACCUGCUGUAAAGUGUUAACAUUGGUGAGAUAAGGAACUGCCGAUUACAUUUCCAUGACAGAGCAGAUUUUUACAGCCAGGACCAAUCAACAAAUUAUCGUUUCUGGAACUCAGAAGCAGUUACUGAAUGAACUCUAGUAAUUCUACAGGAAGAUAUUCAUACAGGAGUUCACGUCAACACUACAGAUAUUUAAAUUCCAAUUAAUCCUUAAUAUUUUAGAGCAGCUUAAGUGAAAACGUUAAUUGAUUGGAAAACUAAGGUGAAUUCCAUUAAAAUUCAAAACAAAACUGAAACAGUGAUAUCAACCUGAUGUUAGAAAAAUGUUAAAAAGUAAACAAAAACAAUCUAUAAAUGUUCAAUUUUGAAUUAAUUGAAUUUUCUUGGGAUCAAUACAAACAAACAUCAGCUGUGAUGGAACCAAUAUGGAUUUAAACAAAUAUGAUUAAGAUAUAGUUUUGUACAUUGGGGAAAGCAGCUUCCGUGGAAUUUUCAAAACAAUGGAGAUUUACCAAACGGAUACUUAAAAAAAAUCCAAAACUUAACUUAAAAUUUUAUUUGUGCUUUACACUACAAUGAAUGUUUCACGUAAUGCAUCUUGUGAUGAGUGGUGGUGUGACCAGAGGGAGACACUUGUCGUGCUGGAGGUGGUGGCUAUUCUGUUGUGUGCGAUCGGGAGCUUUGGGAAUCUCAUCACUGUGUUGGCGAUUUGUUCCAGCAGUCUCCGUAACAAUAUCAACUGUGUUCUCAUCGGGAGCCUCAGUUUUGCUGGAUUCCUGUAUUGCCUCCUCAUUCUGUCUCUUCAGGCAGUUGUGUUCCAUAUUCAGGAUCCUCAUCUCAUUCCACCGGAUUUCUGUAGCGCCGCAGGUGGCAUCCGCUACACGCUUGUGGGGGUCAUUAUGGUGCACCUUAGUGUAAUUGCACUGUACCGAUACCUAAACAUCGUUCAUUUAGGCCAGUACAAGAAAGCUUCAAACACGCGCCCUCUGAUUCUAACACUUAUCUUCAGCUGGGUUCUACCCCUAAUGUUCACUCUCCCGCCCUCGUUUGGGAUUUGGGGGUCGUUUCGUUUCCAGCCUGCUGUUCUAGCAUGUACUUUUAAUAAUUUCAACGUUGAUCAUUCCAACAGAAUUGUGACGGUGACACUUGGAUUUAUUGUGCCAUGUAUCUUCAUAGUAUUCUGUUAUGCCAGAAUCGGAUGUGUAGCUUACGGAAGUUCAAAACGUGUCAGCCAAUGGAAAGGUACAUCUGCAAUGACUAAAGCACUUCGUCUAUCUGCCAUGAUGAUGUGUAUAUUUGCCAUAUUUUUCUUUGGGACGUUCCCGUACUUUAUAAUGAAUGUGUACGAUCGUAGUUUCUCUAAACCGGUUCACCACCUAUGGACAACAACACUUGGUUGGUUGUCGUAUUGUCUAAACCCUGUAGUAUACACCGUCAUGGACAACAAUUUUAGGACGGCAUAUCGUCGUUUGAUUAUGGGUGACUGUGAGAAAAGUCCCUUACAUAGAGUUCCUACCACCACCACCGGGACACCUGUAUAAAUCUACAGGUGUAAAGUUGACAUGGACAGGUGAAUUCUGGUGUGAUAUAGGCAGAUAAAUACAGGUAUUUGGUAUAGAGGUGUGUGAUGAAUGAAAAAAGUUCAUGAAGAUUGUUGUAAUAAAGAACCUUCGGGUAAAGAUUAUACCCAGAUGAAGCUUUACAGUAAAACAUGUUUAUAAUGAAGCUCAAACGAUACAGAAAAUAUGGUAUUGUUUAAAAUAGGUAAAAAUACUAUACGAAGCGAUUCAAAACCUCUAACUUCAUUUAACGUAUUCAUCCUUCAAUAAACCCUGCAGAGUCCAACACAUAAUCUCUGACUCAAAGUAGGGGUGGGCUUGCUACAGGACAAUUAAUUACCAUUUGUUGGCAUUUCUACCAACCUGUAUUAGGUAUGGGUGGGCUUGCUACAGGACAAUUAAUUACCAUGUGUUGGCAUUUCUACCAAGCUGCAUUAGGUAUGGGUGGGCUUGCUACAGGACAAUCAAUUACCAUGUGUUGGCAUUUCUACCAACCUGUAUUAGGUAUGGGUGGCCUUACUACAGAACAAUUAAUUACCAUGUGUUGGCAUUUCUACCAAGCUGCAUUAGGUAUGGGUGGGCUUACUACAGAACAAUUAAUUACCAUGUGUUGGCAUUUCUACCAACCUGUAUUAGGUAUGGGUGGCCUUGCUACAGAACAAUUAAUUACCAUGUGUUGGCAUUUCUACCAAGCUGCAUUAGGUAUAGGUGGGCUUACUUCAGGACAAUCAAUUACCAUUUGUUGGCAUUUCUACCAACCUGCAUUAGGUAUGGCUGGGCUUACUACAGAACAAUUAAUUACCAUGUGUUGGCAUUUCUACCAACCUGCAUUAGGUAUGGGACGGCUUACUUUAGGACAAUCAAUUACCAUUUGUUGGCAUUUCUACCAACCUGCAUUAGGUAUGGGUGGGCUUACUACAGAACAAUUAAUUACCAUGUGUUGGCAUUUCUACCAACCUUUAUUAGGUAUGGGUGGGCUUACUACAGGACAAUUAUUUACCAUGUGUUGGCAUUUCUACCAACCUUUAUUAGGUAUGGGACGGCUUACUACAGGACAAUCAAUUACCAUUUGUUGGCAUUUCUACCAACCUGCAUUAGGUAGGUGUGGGCUUACUACAGGACAAUUCUUUACCAUGUGUUGGCAUUUCUACCAACCUGUAUUAGGUAUGGGUGGGCUUGCUACAGGACAAUUAAUUACCAUUUUUUGGCAUUUCUACCAACCUGCAUUAGGUAGGUGUGGGCUUACUACAGGACAAUUAUUUACCAUGUGUUGGCAUUUCUACCAACCUGCAUUAGGUAUGGGUGGGCUUGCUACAGGACAAUUAAUUACCAUUUUUUGGCAUUUCUACCAACCUGUAUUAGGUAUGGGUGGGCUUGCUACAGGACAAUUAAUUACCAUUUUUUGGCAUUUCUACCAACCUGCAUUAGGUAGGUGUGGGCUUACUACAGGACAAUUAUUUACCAUGUGUUGGCAUUUCUACCAACCUGCAUUAGGUAUGGGUGGGCUUGCUACAGGACAAUUAAUUACCAUUUUUUGGCAUUUCUACCAACCUGCAUUAGGUAUGGGUGGGCUUACUACCAAACAUGGGCUUAUUGAUUGAUAAAUAUGAUAAUUAAGUUUACUAAUAUGUCUGUUUAAGUUGUAAACAUGUUUUACUGUACCCGUUUCACAAACACGGGUGUUACAGAACAGAAAUGUGGUAAAAAUAUACAGGUGU